AUGUGGACCUCUCACGAUUCUGUUGGAUUUGUUUUCAUGGCCGGAUUCUGUGUGCAGCUGGGAUUCUGCUUUGAAGGGCGCUUCACGGACGUGCCCUCCAACAUGACGGUCAAGGAGGGCCAGAACCUGGAGAUGGUGUGCGCGUUCCAGAGCGGAACCGCGUCCGUGUAUCUGGAGAUCCAGUGGUGGUUCGUGAAGGCACCGGAACCCACCGACAGCAAGGAGGAGGAGGAGGCGGGGGACCAGGAGAUGGAGAUGGUAGACGAGCCGGAUCCCGAUGACGACGGCACAAAAAUAAGUACGGUGAAGGUCCAGGGCAACGACAUCUCGCACAAGCUGCAGAUCUCUAGGGUCGGCAAGACCGACGAAGGCCUGUACGAGUGCCGGGUGACGCGGGCCAACUACGGGGAGAUCGUAGAGUACAAGGCCCAAGCCUGGCUGAGGGUCAACGCCACGGUCCGGCCACGGCGGCCACUGGAGCCUCCCAAGAAGAGCUCCCCGCUGCACCUGACGGACAAGAAGCCCAGGAAGUCCAACUCGCCUCUGGGCCAGGACAGCAUGAGCUCAGACCAGAGGGUGGCCUCCACCUCCACCUCUCACACGUCCUCCAACACAGGGAAACAAAACCCUGGCUCAGGUACCAGGACACCGGGCUCCGCCUGCGGCCCGGCCGUCCUGCUGCUGGCGUGCGUUCUGGUGAGGGCCGCCUUGCUGUAAUCUGAAG